AGCCUCAACCCCAGCCAUUGUUGGAGCUUCGGUCUCAGUUCCAACCCCAGUCUCAGACAAGGCUUCAGCCUCAUCCCCUGAUUCCAUCCUGACUCAGCCAGUAUCCAACGGCAGGCUGCCGGGCAACGGGCGUAGCAACGGGCGUAGCAACGGGCACGGCAUGGGCAACUCCUCCAGGAAGGAGGAGGCCGAGGAAGAGAAGGAUGGGGAGAAAGUGAAAGUAAUGGAGGAGGAGAAGAGGAGGAGGAAGAAGAAGAAAGAGGAGGAGAUGGAGGACGAUGAGCUUCCCCUAGGGGUGGAGGAGAUGCUGGCGAGCGGAGACCUUUUGGACCUGAGCUAUAAGAAGUUUCGCAGGUUGCCCGGUGUGGUCUGUAGGCUACGUCACCUGGAGAAGCUGUAUGUGUGUGGUAACAGUCUGCGGACCCUCCCGGAGAACAUCGUCCAACUGAAGGGCCUCCGCAUCCUGGCUCUAGACUUCAACAAGAUGGAGGACGUCCCGUUGGCCAUCUGCCAGCUCCGUAACCUGACACGUCUCUACCUGGGCUCCAACCGCCUGAUAUCUCUCCCUCCAGAGCUACGCAACCUUCAGAGCCUUCGCUGCCUCUGGAUGGAGAGCAACUACUUCACGUGCUUCCCCCGCCAGCUCUACGACUUACCCCACCUCAGGUCCCUCCAGAUGGGGGACAACAGGCUGCGGACUCUGCCCCCGGACCUGUGGCGUAUGGAGGCCCUGCGGGGACUGUGGCUCUACGGAAACCGUUUCACUGAGUUCCCACGUGUCUUACUCCGCAUGGUGGAUCUGGAGAUCUUAGACUUGGACAAGAACAAGAUCGAGGUGUUCCCUAAUCUGAGCCGGCUCCCCGCCCUCCGCCUCUUCUCCUACGACCACAACCCUGUGGAGGGGCCUCCUGGUGUGGGGGAGGAGGUGCUGCUGGUUGGGGAGGGGGCCCAGGAGGAGCUCCAGGAACGGGCAGACAGGAAGGCUAAGAAGGAGCAGGAUAUGAGGGAUGCGGAAGAGGCUGUGCUGGCCGGGGAUGGGCCUGUGAUCCAAGGCAUUCUAAAGACGGCCAAACAGAACAGCGCAUCGCACGCUGGGCACAAGUACAACGAGGUGGUAACCAUGGCGAUGCCCCUAACCGAGGAAGAGAGGAGGAAGGAGGAGAUGGAGGCGGAGUUAGAGAGGGCGUUGAACGACUACGGGGCGGGGCUUGAGUAUGACCUGGAGGGGAUAGAAUAUGACAAGGAGGAGCUUAUAUGUGAGGGGGAGGGGUAUGAGGUUGGGGAUUUGGAGUACGAACAAGGAGAUAUGGACUAUGAGUAUGAGGAGGGGGAGGAGCUAGAGGAACCAGGAAGACAAGGGGGCCGGCAUUGAUGACUGACUGAUUGACUCCUCCUCCUGCAAAGGCUCUGAGUCCUUCCCUCCAAAGUCUAGACUUGUUUGACCUUGCAGCAGACAUUGCAGACUACUGACUGAUCUACAAGCCACCUUGCAUCAUAAAUAACUACUUAGAAUUAUUUGUAGAUCAGUCAUCACGGAUCCGAUGCUCUCAGACACAGCCUCUCACCCCUCCCCUUCCUAAACCUAGGACCCCUCCCCUUCCUAAACCUAGGACCCCUCCCCUUCCUAAACCUAGGACCCCUCCCCUUCCUAAACCUAGGACCCCUCCCCUUCCUAAACAUAGGACCCCUCCCCUUCCUAAACCUAGGACCCCUCCCCUUCCUAAACCUAGGACCCCUCCCCUUCCUAAACCUAGGACCCCUCCCCUUCAUAAACCUAGGACCCCUCCCCUUCCUAAACCUAGGACCCCUCCCCUUCCUAAACCUAGGACCCCUCCCCUUCCUAAACAUAGGACCCCUCCCCUUCCUAAACCUAGGACCCCUCCCCUUCCUAAACAUAGGACCCCUCCCCUUCCUAAACAUAGGACCCCUCCCCUUCCUAAACCUAGGACCCCUCCCCUUCCUAAACCUAGGACCCCUCCCCUUCCUAAACCUAGGACCCCUCCCCUUCCUAAACCUAGGACCCCUCCCCUUCCUAAACCUAGGACCCCUCCCCUUCCUAAACCUAGGACUCCUCCCCUUCCUAAACCUAGGACCCCUCCCCUUCCUAAGAUUCUGCCUACUUGGCAGCUUCCUGAUUUGCACUAGGAGGUGAUAUGAGAACUAAGUGGACAAUAUAAGGAAAACACCAGGAUUAAUAGCCUAUGUCAGUUAGUUAAUUAUCCAUUCAAGUGGAUUCCAAUAUUGUUCUUCUGCCUUUCUAGGCUAGACCUUUUUUAUGACAACGCUCCAGCUGUCAUGACAACGCUCCAGCUGUCAUGACAACGCCCAACCAGAGGGUUGUUUAACUUAGUAAACCCUGUGUGAAAUGAAUUAAUGACUAGCCUCCUGAACCUGUUGCUAUAAUAUGUGACUUUGACAUUCUCUGUCCGUAGUUAGAAGUAGAGCAGGGCUGAGCCACUAAAUAACCAAGACAUUAGAUGUUUUUCAAACUGACCUGAAGACAGAUCCAUGCACUGCACAUUGUGGAGAUGAGGGCAGGCAGUGGCGUCUUUGCCAACUCGGCAAAUUGGCAAGUCAGAGCAGGACUCCGGUGACGCUGUGUGUGUGUGUCAGUGUGUGUGUGUCUGCAUUGAGUAAGUGUGUGUGUGUGUCUGCAUUGAGUAAGUGUGUGUGUGUCUGCAUUGAGUAAGUGUGUGUGUGUGUUUGAGUGGUUGUGUGUGAAUGCGGACACGCAAGUGUGUAUAUAUGGGUGCGUGUGUGAAUGUGUACACGUUUUGAGUGUGUCUAUUUUGAAGUGAGGGGGGGGGUAAACUUAUUACCUUUGUAAUGUGAUAUAGUUUGUUUUUGUUAAACCCAUUAUGUGUAUAAAGGAAAUCUAAUCUUGCCUCAUUAAAUAAUGAUUGAGUUUAUCGGGUUGGACUGAA